AUGCCACCUCCACUUGCACUCCUCCAGGCGCGCAAGCUCCACGCCACGCUCCUCAAGUCCGGCCACCAUGCCCACGCCUACCGCUGCAACCUCCUCCUCGCCGCCUACACCCGCGGCGGCGCCCUCGCCGACGCCCGGUCCCUCCUGGCACACAUGCCGUCCCCGACCCUCGUCUCCUACAACACCCUCCUCUCCGGCUACGCCUCCUCCCCGGGCCUCCUCGACGCCGCCCUCGACCUGCUCGACGCCAUGCCCGACAGGGACUCCUGGUCCUGGAACACCGCGAUCUCCGGUCUCGCCCGCGCCGGCCGCACUCGCGAGGCCCUGCGAAGGUUCCUGCAGAUGACGCGCGGCCCCGUGGCGCCGGACGCGUUCACCUACUCCAUCGUCUCCCCGUGCUGCUCCGGCGGCGACCUGGGAUCCGCGCGGCAGGUCCACGCGAGGGCUCUCAAGGCCGGGGUGCUCGCGGACGCCUGCGUCGGCACUGGUUUCGUCAGGCUCUAUGCAGACCUGCACGCCAUGGACGAAGCGCGGAAGGUGUUCGACUGCAUGCCGCUCAGAGAUUCCAUGUCGUGGAACGUCCUGCUCGACUGCGCUACGAGGUCCUCCGGUGAAGCUGCAGGGUCAUGCAUGCAGGAGUUUCUCAGGAUGGUCGGCAGCGGGGUCCGGCCCGAUCACUUCACCUUCGCCACUCUCCUGAAUGGUUUCGCCGACCGGUUUGCUGGUCUAGAGGCGAUGCAGCUGCACUCCCUUAUUCUGAAAACCGGGUGGUAUCUCAAGGAUCUCUUCCUAUGCAAUUCCUUGCUGAAUGUGUACGGGAGAUGCGGUCACGUUGACCUGGCCAAGAAUCUGUUCGAUGCUAUGAUUGAAAAGAACAUCGUGUCGUGGACCGCUGUGAUUUCAGGGCUUGCAGCCAGCGGACACCAGGCUGAUGCCUUCGAGAUAUUCCGUCAGAUGCUGAAAGCUGCGAUGGUGCCCAAUUCCUUCACCUUUGGCAGCGUCGUGAGCUCAUGUGCCUCUGUGAAUGACCUCGGCAGUGGAAGGCAGUGCCAUGCUCUCGCUGUCAAGCAUGGGUUGGAACUUGUUCCUAUAGUUGCAAGCUCUUUGCUCGAUAUGUACUCAAAGUGCGCCGAGAUGGAUGAUGCGAUAAGAAUUUUUGACAUCAUGCCACACAGGGACAUUGUAUCUUGGAAUGCAAUGAUAUGUGGAUUAGCUCAGAAUGGCCAGUCUGGGAGAUCUCUGGACCUAUAUGAUGAAAUGCUGCGAGGACGUCAUCAAGAAUCUAGCAUCGCCCCAAACUCCGUAACCUUUGUGGGCGUCCUCAGUGCAUGCAGCCAUGCUGGUGCUGUCCAAAAAGGUUGCGCCUACUUUACUCAAAUGGUUAAGGAAUUCCGCAUCGAACCAGUUUCAGAGCACUACACUUGCCUUGUCGAUCUCUUUGCACGAGCUGGAUGGUUAGAUGAAGCAGAAGAGGUUAUUUCAAACUUACCUUUCAAACAUGAUGCUCUUAUCCUAGGCACAUUGCUUAAUGGCUGCAGAAAAUAUGGUAAACUUGACAUGGCUAAGCGCAUCGCCAAGAGGCUUCUUGUGAAAACUUCAGAUGACGAAUCAUCCAUUUUUCUACUCUCAAAUAUGUACAUUGCAAAUGAAGAAUGGGAUGAUGCGCGUCAGCUGAGGGACGCUGUGAUUUCAAGGGGAACUCGCAAAGUCACAGGAAAUAGCUGGAUUGAUGUUGGUGGUCAAGUCCAAUGUUUUAGGGCAGGUUUUAGUCCAGAUGCACAAUUUGAACAGACAUAUGAUGUUCUGCAACAACUUCGGUUGAUGAUGGUAGAUGCUGACAAGCUGGUCACAUGA